AUGACGACAAGAACUUCAAUUCACAAUCGUUCUAGAAGCGAUCCGGUCUUAAGCAAACUUCUCAAGAACACCAAUUUCGAUAGACUUCACAUGGACCAACUGUUGCAGAAAGAGAUAGAACAGCUAAAAACUCUUUUAACAUCAAGAAAAUUACAUCCUCAGAGAGUUUCAUCAAGUGAUGAGAUUGAUUUGCUGCUUCAAGAAGAUGAAGUCUUAGUACGUCAUGAAAUGGAGACUGUUCUUCGACGAAAACUGUUCUUGGAAGAUUGUCGAAACCAAGAUUCUUCUAUCCCUAAGGAGACAAAGAAGCUGGUGAGCGAAAUCGCGGGUUUGGAGCUGCAAGUGAUGUACUUAGAAAGAUAUCUUCUUUUGUUAUACCGCAGAUUCUUCAACAACAAAAUUACAUCUAAGUUAGAAUCAGAAGAGAAAGAGAGAACAGAGGAUUUUCAUGGGUCUACUAAACUCAUUGGUUCACCGAACACCGCGGUUCUUAGUCCGCAGAAAGUUCUAGAAGACUCUGCAAUAUUCCGAAGCCACUCAUCGUUGUCUCAUUGUUCUGGAUAUUCCUUUAGAAUGUCUCCCCAAGCAAUGGACUCAUCAUAUCAUCACUCUCUUCCAUUCUCAAUGCUUGAGAAAGCUGAUAUUGAUGCGAUGAUGGGACAUAUGUUUCUGAAAACGUUAGCAACUCACCAAACAGUUUGUCUGAAGAGUUGA